UUCUUGAAGUGUUCAUGUUAGUGUAAUUUAGUUAAAAUGAGGAAUCGGUUUUGGUUGGCUUGUUUGGUUCCAUUCUUAUGUUUGGUAUCGGUAACAAUGAUUAGAAACAACAUUGCUUAUGCACUGGACGGUAUGAUUAACCAUACAGCUGUUGACUGGCCUCCUCCUGGACAACGAAAACAUUUUCAUGGCAUUGAUCACGUUGAUACUUGCGUUAUGGUUUUAAAUGAAUCUGAUGGUUGCCAUGGACCUACUAUACAAGAUGGACCUUUUCCUUGGAAUAAUUCUAUAGAGGCUCUGUUGAAUAUGAUUAUUGCUAUUGGUUCACUGAUUGGUACUUUGGUUACUCUUAUAGUCUAUGAUUAUAUAAACAUGAGAUUUGUGUUCUCCUUAUGUCUGGCCUAUGCUGGGUUUCUCAAUAUCAUCACUCCUCCAAUAGCAAAGGAAGGUGGUUACUAUAGUGUUCUUAUACUCAGAUUUUUCACCGGAUUCUAUUCAGCUAUACUUAAUCCUGCAGUUCCCAUGAUAGUUCAGCACUGGUUCCUGGAGAAAGAGCAGUGUAGAACUAAUGUAUUGGUCUGGUUAGGACCUAGGCUAGGAAAAAUGUUUUUCAUUGCAAGUGGAUAUAUGAUAGUAUCCCCUGGGCUAGGAUGGGAGUUCCUGUUCUAUCUUCCUGGUUGUAUUUGUAUACUUUGUGGUGCAAUAUUUUUUAUUGUAAUCACAGAUGAUCCCCUGGAUAAUCUAUUUCUAUCAUAUGACGAGAAAAAACUGAUUGCUGAAGAUAAAAACUGGGAUUUUCAUCCUCCGACAAUUCAGUAUAAAACUAAACUGAAGAUGAGAAGUCAAUUGAGAAAAUACAGAAGAAAUAUCCAAAUCAUGAAGAAUAGAGAUAGCAAGAUAAAAACUCCGUGGUUUAAGAUAUUAACAGAUCCUGACUUUAUAUUGGCGACUAUACAAACUACAGUUCAGGCCUGGCAGUCUCCUGUUAUGACCCUUAUGAUGAAAAAAUAUCUUCUGGAGAUCCAUGGAUACAGUAUAUCUAAUGCUGCUCUGAUGGUAACAGCUCCCCCUGACAUAUCUUUGAUGAUUCUUGGAUAUCUGAGUGCUUGGGCUGGAGAUAUAGCAUUAAACCUAGAUGUUCCAGCUCAUAUAGUUAGACGAGCAGGAGCUGUAAUCUGUUCAUUAUCCUCUCUACCCUACCUUAUCCUACCCUUCUUACCCUGCUAUAUAGUUAGCUAUAAAGCUACUGUAGUGGGAAUACAGAUACUUGGUAGUUUUUCAUCUGCUGGUAGUCUGGCUGGUUAUACCACUUUCAGAGAACUGUCUCCUACGUUUACUCGUCAACUGUUUGGUUUGGCGAGCCUGGUAUCCAAUACAGUUCCUUAUAUAAUGGUUCCACUAUUCAUGGGUUGGUUCAAGACAAGCACGAGGCAUCCUGGGACCCUGCAGAGUCAGAUUCAAGUACAGAUUCAAAUACACGGUCAAGUACAGAUUAAAGUACAGAUCUCCGGAGGUCUAAGGAUGAGUUGAUGAGGAUUCAAAUGGAUUCAUUCUACAUUUUCUGCAUUCUAUAUCAAUAAAUUAAUUUAUAGUUUACAUUUACAUGUCACUUUUAUGAAACUAGUGUUUCCUUUAUGAUGUUAGGAACUAGCUGAUUUCUGCUCAAUUUUUUCGCGAACAUUCAUAAUUAGACUUAUAAAUUAAAAGUGAAAAGAUGUGUGUAAAACAUCCGAAUGUUCAAUUCUUUUAACCAUUUUAAAUGAAACAACAAAUUCUUUUAAAAAUGUCUCUCUGAGGCAUGAAUUUCUUGUUGAUACAGUGUUAUUAAUAUAUAAGAAUUGAUACCUCACAUGACUUAUUUUAUAUUUUGACCUCCGGAGGUCAUUUAUAUCUGGAGGUCAAACAGUAGAAAGUAGACAGUAGACAGUAAACAGUAGACGGUAAAC